AGGAAUACCAAUGAUAGCUGAGAUUCUCAAAGACUGGCGAGAAGAGAACAUUGCUUUUAUUCCUACAAAAGCAAGCGGAGUCGUUGAAGAAAAGCUUAAAAGUCAUAACCUAGUCACAGUUGUUGGAAAUUCUGGAUCUGGCAAAUCGGCGAUUAUUCAACAUAUUGCACUCAAGUAUAAAGAUCGAGGAUGUAAUGUCAUACCAGUGGAUGAAGUUAGAGAAAUUAAAGAGAAAUAUUCAGAAAAUGAGACACUUUUUGUACUCAAUGAUCCUUUAGGUAAAGAAUCUUUGGAUGAAAUUUUGUAUACGUCGUGGAAAAAAUAUCAAAAAACUAUAGAAACUUGCUUGAAGAAGGUUAAAUUACUGGUGUCCUGUAGAAGAUGCGUUCUUUAUGACAAGAGAGUGAAGGGCAUUUUAUUCGAGGAAUCCACCAUAGUAGAAAUUGACAACGAAGAAAAUCGACUGAAAGAAAAAGAGAAAAGAGCAAUCCUCAAUCAGUACACAAAGAAUCUGGAGCUUUCCGAAGAAAUUGUUUCUGAAAUUAUCAAAAUAGAAGCAUACUUUCCAUUACUUUGUAAGCUAUUUUCUAGGGAAGCAAAUUACAAGGAAAAUGGGCUUGAUUUCUUCAAAUAUCCGUACAGGUUCAUUAAAAAAGAAAUUGAAAUUUGGAAGGGAAUGGACAAGAAGAAAUUCUGCGCUCUUAUUUUAGUAGUAGCUUUUAAAAACAAUCUGAAAAUAGAAACAAUCGUAAGGAAUGGUGAUUGUAUGAAGAAAUAUAAAGACAUUUUAGGAAUGUGUGAGUUAUCAGAAAACACACAUAUUUCGGUCAUUCGCAGUACUCUCCAAGAACUUAAAGGAUCUUAUGUGAAAUGUGUCGGGCAUGUUUUCCAAUUCCUUCACGACUUUAUAAUGGAGAUAACGACUCUGGUGUUUGGUAUUAAUUGUCCUCAAGAGGCAAUACAGUACGCAGACAGUGGUUUUCUUCGACGAAGGAUAAAGAUAGAGGACGAUACAAAAGAGGAUGAUCGCGAUCCCUUCACUGUUUACCUGCCUGAAGAGUACAUAGGUGAUCUUGUGGACAGGCUUAUCAUUGACAUGCAAACAGAACAUUUUGUGGAUGUUGUUCUUAACCAAUGUUUGAGAAAUGAAAGUGUGAUCAAAGAAUUUAAGGACAAUGUUAAAUCAUCAGAAAAUCUGCCAAACAUUCUUUUAGAUAUCAAACAUUUAAUAGAUAAAUCAGAGUUAAAAGAAAAAGAAAACCUGUUGAGUGAUUAUAGCGUAUCAAGACUUUUUUUCCUUCAUUGGAGAGGUGAAAUAUGCCCUUUAAUUGGAUUCAUAACAUUUUGUCAUGACGAAAUUUCUCUAUCUUUUAUAAGAAGCAUAGACAAAAAAGCAUUGCAGGAUCUUUUAGUAUUUUCUGCCGUGUGUGCUAAUGGAGGAUUAAACUUAUUAGAUAGUCUGAGCCCUGAAUACAAAGAAACGGCUAUAAAAGAAAUUUGGGGGUUAUUUUAUCCAAUCCACAUUGCUUCGGUCUUCCAUAACUUUGAAAUUAUUCCAGAGAUAGUCAGACUCGGUGCUGACGUCAACAUGUUAACUGCUGGGAAUAUUUGGACUCCGUUAACUUUGGCAGCAGGAAAUGAUGAAGAACAUUUAAGAGAGGCUGGAAAGGAGACAGACGGAGGAAAAAGACGUAAUAAAACUAUUUCUUGCUUAUUGAACAAUGGCGCCAAAAUCAAUUUAUGUGACGACGAUGGAAAGCAUCCUCUGUGGAUAGCUUGUCAAAAGGGAUAUACUAGCACGGUACAAGUGUUACUGAACAAUGGCGCCGGCAUCAAUCUAUGCGAUCGGGACAAAAUCAGUCCACUAUGGAUAGCUUGUGAAAAUGGACAUGACAGCACGGUUCAGGUGUUACUAAACAAUGGGUCAGAUAUCGAUUUAUGUGACAAACAUGAAAUGAGUCCCCUUUUGAUAGCUUGUGAAAAUGGACAUGAUAACAUAGUUCAGGUACUACUGAAGAAUGGCGCCAAUGUCAAUUCAUGCAAUAGGUAUGGAGAGAGUCCUCUAUGGAAAGCUUGUCAAAAUGGACAUGAUAGCACGGUACAACUGUUACUGAACAAAGGUGCAGACAUCAAUUUCUGUGAUAAUGUUGGACGCAGUCCUCUUUAUAAAUCUUGUCUAACUGAACAUGAUAGUACGGUACAACUAUUACUAAACAAUGGUGCCAAUGUCAAUUUAUGUGACGAAGAUGGUGCCAGUCCUCUGUGGAAAGCGUCUGAAAAUGGGUGUUAUAGCACGGUACAAGGAUUACUGAACAACGGUGCCAAUGUCAAUUUAUGUGACGAAGAUGGUGCCAGUCCUCUAUGGAAAGCGUCUGAAUAUGGGUGUGAUAGAACGGUAAAAGAUUUACUGAAUAAUGGUGCCAAUGUCAAUUUAUGUGACGAAAAUGGUGUCAGUCCUCUGUGGAAAGCGUCUCAAAAUGGGCGUGAUAACACGGUACAAGAGUUACUGAACAAUGGUGCCAAUGUCAAUUUAUGUGAUGAAGAUGAAGCCAGUCCUCUAUGGAUAGCUUGUAAAUAUGGACAUGAUAGCACUGUAAAAUUGUUACUGAACAACGGUGCCGACAUCAAUGCAUGCAAUAGGAAUGGAGUCAGUCCUCUGUCCAUAGCUUGUCAAUUGUUACCUCGCGAAGUUAGGGUCAGUCUUUGGCGGAAAGUUUGUCAGAAUGGAGUUGACAACACUGUCGAAUCAUUACUAAACAAUGGCGCCAAUGUCAAUUUAUGUGACGAAGACGGUGUCAGUCCUCUGUGGAAAGCGUCUCAAAAUGGGCGUGAUAGCACGGUAGAACUGUUACUGAACAAUGGCGCCAAUGUCAAUUUAUGCAAUAAGAAUGGAGUCAGUCCUCUGUGGAUAGCUUGUCAACAUGGACAUGACAGCACUGUUAAACUGUUAAUGAACAGUGGAGCUAAACUUCUAUUAGUCCAUGGCAAUGAAAUCAAUUUUUGCGACGAUAAUGGAGACAGUCCUCUACACAAAGCCUGUCGAAGUGGCCAUGAUAGUACAGUUCAAUUGUUACUGAACAACGGCGCGAAUGUAAAUUUAUGUGAUAUAGAUGGUUGCAGUCCUCUUUAUAUAGCUUGUCAGAAGGGAAAUGUUAGGAUAGUCCAACUCUUACUACACAAUGACGCUGGUGUUAAUUUAUGUGAUAAUGAUGGAAAUAGCCCUCUGAAUAUAGCCUGUCUAAAUGGACAUGACCACACUGUCAAACUUCUAUUGACCAGUGGUGCGCAAUUUUUACUUAACAACGGCGCUGAAAUCAAUCUUUAUGAUAAUGAUGGAGAGAGUCCUCUCUUCAAAUCCUGUCGAAAUAGCCAUGAAAGCGUAAUCCAGUUAUUAAUAAACAGUGGAGCUGAUGUAAAUUUUUGCAAUAAAUGCAAUAACAGUCCUCUCCAUAUUGCUUGUGAGAGCGGACACAACAGCACAGUCCAUCUGUUACUGAAAAAAGGAGCUGAAAUCAAUCAACGUGAUAAUGAUGGAGAAAGUCCUCUCUUCAAAGCCUGUCGAAAUGGGCAUGAAAGUAUAGUUCAAUUGUUACUAAACAGUGGAGCUGAUGUAAGUUUAUGCAAUAAAUUCAAAUACAGUCCUCUCCAUAUUGCUUGUGAGAACGGACACAACAGCACAGUCCAACUGUUACUGAAAAACGGCGCUGAAAUCAAUCUUUGUGAUAAUGAUGGAGAAAGUCCUCUCUUCAAAGGCUGUCGAAAUGGGCAUGAAUGUAUAGUUCAAUUGUUCAUUAACAGUGGAGCUGAUGUAAAUUUUUGCAAUAAAUUCAAAUACAGUCCUCUCCAUAUUGCUUGUGAGAACGGACACAACAGCACAGUCCAACUUUUACUGAAAAACGGCGCUGAAAUCAAUCUUUGUGAUAAUGAUGGAGAAAGUCCUCUCUUCAAAGCCUGUCUAAAUGGUCAUGAUAUCAUAGUUCAGUUGUUCCUAAACAGUGGUGCUGAAGUAAAUUUAUGUAAUAAACACAAUUACAGUCCUCUCCAUAUUGCUUGCCAAUACGGGUAUAACAGGAUAGUGCAACUGUUACUGAGCAAUGGUGCCAACAUCAAUUCAUGUGAUGAUGAUCGAGUCAGUCCUCUUUAUAUGGCUUGUAGAAAUGGACAUGAUAGCACGGUACAACUGUUACUACACAACGGUGCCAGCAUCAAUUUAUGUGAUAAAGAUGGAGUCAGUCCUCUUUGGAUAGCUUGUGAAAACUUACAUUGCAGCACAAUCGAACUUCUACUGAAUUCAGAUGCUGAUGUAAAUUUAUGCAAUAAAGGCAACUGCAGUCCGCUGUACAUAGCAUGUUUCAAUGGUCAUGACAGCAUGGUUAAACUUUUAUUGAACAAAGGUGCAGACAUCAAUUUAUGUGACAACGACGGAACCACUCCACUCCACAUAGCCUGUGAAAAUGGACAUUUCAGCACAGUCCAAUUAUUAUUAAAAAAUGAUGCUUGUGUUAAUUUAUGUGAUAAAGACAAUAAGAGUCCACUGUGCGUAACAUACUUAUAUGGUCAUGACAGUAUUGCGCAACUUUUACUACAAAAUGGUGCUGAAUUGAUAUGCUGACGAUGGUUUCAGUACUUUCGAUUGAUUUCUCAAUACUA